AUGAAAAACGGAGAGAAAACCUCUGCAUUUCCUCUGAAUAGUUAUGAAGUGCAUCCAAGAACAAUACCUAGUCGUGUAUUCAUGUUAAUCUAUGUAUGUGGAAUCAUAGCUCUACUUUAUCAUCAUCUAACUAGUCUCAGAAUCCAUUCAGUAGAUUUAUUACCAUCAAUCCUUCUGUUAAUUGCUGAUUUAGUUCUAUCCUUCAUGUGGGUUGCAUGUCAAGCUUUUCGAUGGUGUCCAGUUCGUAGAGAAGUUUAUCCAGAGAAUCUGUCAAAAGUCGUAGAUGAGGAUGAUCUCCCAACUUUAGAUGUGUUUAUUUGUACUGCUGAUCCAUAUAAAGAACCUCCUAUGGAAGUCGUGAAUACUGCGUUAUCUGUUUUAGCAUUUGAUUACCCUUCAAAUAGGAUAUCUGUUUAUGUUUCUGAUGAUGGGGGAUCUCAAAUGACUCUUUUUGCAUUGAUUCAAGGAGCAAAAUUUGCCAGAGAAUGGUUACCAUUUUGUAAAAAGCAUAAUCUCAGUAAGAGAUGUCCUAAAGUGGUUUUCAACCAGCAUGAUUCUGAUGCUGAUCAGCUUAGAUCAUGUAUCCCUCAAGAGGAGUUUCUGAAUAUGAAGAUUUUAUACGAGGAAAUGAGAACAAAGGUAGAGCAUGUUAUGGAACAAGGAUGUGUAGACGAUGAUAUGCUCGUUAAUGAAGAAGAGCGUCAAGUUUUCAGUAAAUGGAAAGUAAAUGGAUUUACUCGUCAAGAUCAUCCUACAAUCAUUCAGAUGCUCAUGGAAACCCUGAAGGAUGCUGAUGUCUCAGGGACAUCUCUACCUAAUUUUAUCUACCUUUCUCGACAAAAAAGUAAACAUAUUCACCACAAUUACAAAGCGGGCGCUCUGAAUGCAUUGAUAUAUUCGUGCAUCGGCGAUAAUGACUAGCGCACCAAUUGUUCUCUGCAUUGACUGUGACAUGUACUGUAAUAAUCCUCAAGCUCCACGUCUAGCACUGUGCCAUCUACUAGACCCCAUCGAAGGCUCAAAAAUUGCUUUUGUUCAAUUUCCUCCACGCUUCAGAGGGAUUAAUCCAAGUGACAUAUAUAAUAGUGAGUUCACAAGGCCGUAUAUAAUAAAUCCUGAAGGGUUAGACGGGAUUGGUGCUGUCAAUUGUGUUGGCAGCGGUCCCUUCGUUAACCGAAAAGCAUUUUAUGGUGCCCCAACUCAAUCGAAAGUAAACAUAUUCCCCGGAUUCAACGGUGAUCUUGAAGGUGCUUUGGAUAGAAUAACAAUGAGUAGUUCAAAACUAAUUUUGGAAGCAGCUAGUAGAGUUACAGAUUGCAAUUAUGAACGAGGAACAAAUUGGGGAUUAACUUUGGGUUUCAGAUAUGGAUCCAUGGUUGAGGAUUUUUUAACAGGCUUUCGGAUGCAAUGUGAAGGAUGGCGAUCAGUAUUUUGCAAUCCGACAACUCCAGCAUUUCUCGGAGAUUUCCCAAUCAGCUUGAACUUUUCGUUAGUUCAAGUGCAACGAUGGUCGCUUGGAUUGACUGAGGUUGGGUUCUCAAAGUAUUGCCCAUUCAUAUUUGGUACAAAAAACCAUUCUCUACUUAUGGGUAUGGCGUAUGGAUUCUAUUCAAUUUGGCCUUUGUGGGCAAUCCCUAUGAUCAUAUAUGGUGUUCUUCCACAGCUUUGCCUUAUACACAACAUAUAUUUGUUCCCUAAGGUCUCUGAUCCAUGGUUUUAUCUAUACACAUACCUCUUUUUAGCAACAUAUAUUCAAGAUUUUAUAGAGAGUUAUUAUGUAUAUGGUAUAAACCUCAAAAGCUGGUGGAACGAACAAAGAAUGUGGUUGAUGCGAGCAGCAUCGUCUUGCGUUUUUUCAUUUAUAGAACUCAUACUGUACCAAAUUGGUAUCACGCCAGAUUUCAGCCUUACAAGCAAAGUCAUCGACGAUGAGCAACAAAAAAGAUACAACCGAGAGAUAUUUGAUUUUGGAGUAGAUUCGCCAAUUUUCGUGAGCUUAUCAACAUUUGCAUUGGUCAAUUUAGUCUCAUUUAGUUUUGGGAUCAUGAAGAUAAUAUUUAUUGAUGGAAAAUUAGAAGAGAUGUUGGUUCAGUUGUUUCUAAGUGGAUUUGUGUUGGUGAAUUCCUGGCCUAUUUAUGAAGCUAUGGUGUGGAGAAAAGAUGGAGGAAGAAUGCCUGCGAAAGUAACUUUGAUAUCUGCUCUAAUCACAUUGGUUCUUUGUUAUGCGUCCGGAUUCGCUACGAAAUGAUAAUCCAUUAUGCCGAAAUUAUUAUUUUUUAAUUGUUUUCUUAUUGUUUGAAUUUGUCAAUUGGUAUUAGAAAGUACUGCUAUUGUUGUGCCUAAUAUCAACAAUUCUUCGGGAGAAGAAUUUCAUGGCAUAGGGUCAGAUAUGAAAAAUGCGCCGAAGCUUUACUUGUCUCAUGUGAUAUUGGAAAGUGAUUCUCAAGCCUCUAUUUUGAAGCUUCAUUUUGAACUGUU